GAUAUGAUAAAAAGUUUUUAAACGCCAACAAAUUCCACAACUUUUCAUAAAAAUAGUUCAGAAUUAAGAUUUAAUUCUUAAUACUAUUACUGUUAGCAUAUAUAUAAUGAAUAUCUAUACAAAGACACUAAUUUAUGAUGGAACAAUAUAAUUUUUACACCAGAUUGGUUCAAGUUAACAGACUCCAUUCAGUGUUUAAACAUAAUCAGCCAUGCAAUUUGAUUGAUCAUGUUGAACUCAAACGACACAUAACAUGAUCAACAAUGUAUUACAUUCAGUUAUGGUUUGUUUCGUCGUAUGAUUGGUUUUUAACAACAUGUCUUCGACGAAUAAACAUGAUUCUGAUAAAGAUGAUGAAAUUGAGCAAUGUAGAGUCGUCCCGGAUGAAAAGUACAAAAAAUGGAAUAGUCACAUUGGUGGUGGUAAUAAAUUUGCAAGACGAGCUCGUUCGUUUAAAGAAGAUUUAUUUGAUAUUAUAUCAUCAGCAAUGCGAUCGCCUAGUCAUAGUGCCAUCAGCUCCAGAAGUGGUUCUCCAAAAAAUGGUUUGCCAAAGCAAAGACAUGCUUCAUCUGGAAGUAGUCCUAAGCGGUCCCUUAAUGAUAUCGACUUUAAUGUUAGACAAGUUCAGAUAGCCUUAAGACAUUUCCUUGACGUAGUAACAAAGAAUAAAUUAGAAAUGUUGCCUGGAAAUGGUACAGUAGUUUUAGAAACUGUAACAACAAUUUGUGGGGUAUUUAAAUCAUACGAUAUUAAUGAGCAAAGUUCAUUGGUUGUAUCUGCUUUAAAUCAAGUAUACCAAAGUGUAGCAAAACUGAUUAAGCUAUGUGAUGAUGUUCUCAUAUUUGGAGAAAAAGCAAUCAAUACAGAUAAUGUAUCAGAUAUACUGCGUUUAGUUGAGCUUGCUAUUCAGAACUUGGUAUCAUUAACUAAUGACAAACUUAACCAUGGUGUACUUAAAACUGUGUACAAAGAUGAGGAUUCAUUGAAACUUCCUGAUGAACUUAAGCAAAGAGUUUCUUUACCAGAUAUACCAUUAACACCGAGAGAAAGAGAAAUAUUAGAACAAACGAGUAAUCAUUCCUUUGAUACGGUUGACUGUAAUCCUCCUUCAAAGCCACCUUUACCUGAUCGAACAUGGUUAAAAAAGAUUGACCAAAAUAAUUCUCCUCCUCCUUUACCACCAAAACGUCGUACUGGACAUAAUAACACCAAGCAUGCUGUAUACAACUUAUCUUUAGAGCCAUUAAGCCUUUCUGAUAGGUCUUCCUCAAUUGGUUCACUAGAUUCAAUUUUAAAUGAUGAUGAAGUUAACAUUGCUAUGUCCAAUGAUGAUAGUUCUUUUUUAACUAAUGAUGCCAAUCAUGUAUGUGGCUAUUGUAACUGUUCUUCCAGUUCUGCUUCAGUGGAUCAAGGCAAUGAAAAACGGAUAUCUCCUUUUUCUGAGUAUCCACCUCAACAUACCAUGGUUGAAAAGAAAACUGCAUUUAUUCAUCAGGCAUCUAAUCAAGUUUGGACACAUUCUAAAUCCACAACAAUACAUCAAAUCACUAAUAGAACUGUAGUAUCAAACGAAAUUAAUUGUUUAACAUCAAAGGAAGAAAUUCCACCACCAGUGCCAGAAAAAAAACGAGUGGUCAGACAAAGGCUAAGGUCGACUUAUGACAAUUUAUCUAUGGAUGAAAUGGCCACACAAUAUAACUUCCAUAGAAAUAAUAGUCAUUGUAGUAUUCAAGCGUUAACACAUACUGCAUCACUUGAUAAUCCUACAGUUGAUCCUUCAAAUCCACCACCUUUACCAUUAAAAAAGAAACAUAUGUUUCAUUCGGUGGCAUAUUCUGUAAUGGCAUACAUGGAAAUGUUUGGCAAUUGUACGCAUGGGAAUACUACGGAAUUUCUGCGCCAUUCUGUUCAUACCUACACAAUGCUUCAUCAAAGUAAUUGGCAUUCACCUCAAAAGUAUCAGAGUGAAAUCCAAAGUUACAGUGUUGAAAAUUCUUGUCAACAAUAUUAUUUUACCAAUGAUUCUGAUCCACCAGCAUUACCGCCCAAACGAGGUAAAAUAAUGACAUCUCCUUAUAGAGAACUGACGCCACCUAAUUCUCCGAAUAAAGUAUAUAUAACAGAAGUUGUAUCGACUCCUAUACAAACUCAGUGUUUAGAAAUUCAGGAUGUUACACCGAGUACUAUUGAACAACCUCUACAAACUGAUAUUAGUGAAGUUAACAUUAUGGAAGAAUUAAAUGUAUCCCAAUGGCUAUUAUUUAAAAAACCAGAAGAAGAUGGACCACUUGUUCGUGGUGGACAUGCAGAUGCUCUAGUAGUUCAUGCAACAAACGCAGUUAAAAAUGAUUUUAUGUAUCAAGAAGCAUUUUUAACAACAUAUAGAACAUUUAUUUCACCUUUAGAAUUAAUACAAAAACUAUGCAUGCGACACCAAAGAUUCCAAAAUUCAGGUGAUUUAAAUAGGCAAAGAGCUGGCCGAGAAUCAUUUUCUCUAUUAGUUAGAGUAGUUAGUGAUUUAACUUUAACAGACUUAGAUAAUGAAGUGCUGCAAAUUCUCAUGGAAUUUGUGUAUCAACUAUUAUGUGCUGGAGAUUUAACCAUGGCAAAAGCACUUAGAGUUAAACUUUUGGAAAGGUAUCAGGCAAAAAUGGUACAUAAUACUUCAAUUAAUGCUCUAUUACCAUCUCAAAAUAUAUACACUCGUCAAGCUACCUUAUUAGACUAUAAAACAGAACUUAUUGCUGAACAAAUGACAAUGUUGGAUUCAGAACUAUUCAUGAAAAUUGAGAUACCUGAAGUUUUAAUUUGGGUCAAGGAACAAAAUGAAGAACGUAGUCCAAAUCUCACAGAAUUUACAGAACAUUUUAACAAAAUGUCAUACUGGGCAAGGUCGCGCAUAUUAGAACAAAAUGAAGCUAAAGAACGUGAACGUUAUGUUUUAAAGUUUAUCAAAAUAAUGAAAAGUUUAAGAAAAAUGAACAAUUUUAAUUCAUAUUUAGCUCUUUUAUCUGCUUUAGAUAGUGCACCAAUAAGACGUCUAGAAUGGCAAAAAUAUAUUACCGAAGGAUUAAAAGAAUACUGUGCACUAAUUGAUAGUUCAUCAAGUUUUAGAGCUUAUAGACAAGCUUUAGCUGACACAAAUCCUCCUUGCAUCCCUUACAUAGGAUUAGUAUUACAAGAUUUAACAUUUGUACACAUCGGCAACAAUGAUUAUAUAUCAGAUAAUAUAAUAAAUUUUUCCAAAAGAUGGCAACAGUUUAAUAUUGUUGAAAAUAUGAAGAGAUUUAAAAAAGGAUGCUACAAUUUCAAGAAACAUGAUCAUAUCAUUGCGUUCUUUAACAAUUUUGAUGAGUUUCUAUGUGAAGAAGCCAUGUGGCAAAUUAGUGAAAGCAUUAAGCCUAGAGGAAGUAAAAAAACUACAUAAAAGUAUAUUUAAAAAAAGAAAUUAUUUUAAAUGUAUACAGCAUUUUAUUUCAAAACAGUUUGUGAGAAAACUGUUGUUUUGCAAUGAUUUUAAGGGUUUGUUCAAAUGAAAACAUAAUAUUCCUGGGUAGUAAAAAUUUUUUAUAGAUUAUUACAUUUUCUAAUAACACCUUUAUUUAUUUAACCAUUCAAUUGGAAAGUAACAGACAGUACCUUAAAAAUUUAAUUUUUUUUUAAAUGUUUUGUAGCUCACAAAUAAUUUGUCAUAAAAUAAUAUAUUAAUAUUUUAUUGCUCCAACUUUCUCAUAAUAUAGCUCACAAUGUACAUCAUAAAAUAUACAAUGAUUAAGAGGACGUCAUACCUGAAUGUGUUGUCUCCAUCUUACACACAUAUUAUGACAGAUAAAACAAAUUUAUGUAGUCUGAGUAGAACUUGCUCAAUUCUGGUUUUAGAGCAGCAGUUCUCAACCUGUGGUAAAUGGCAAGCUCAUAGGUGGUACGUGAAGAAAAUCUACCUUUAUAAAAAACAUAUAUGUAUACAUUAUUAAGAACCAAAAAAAAAAGCAAAAAAAUAGUCAGGUAGUACAUAAAAAUUUUCAAACUGUGUUAGUGAUAAGCAAAUACAAAAAGGUUGAGAAUCGCUGUUCUAGAGUAAAUAUACCUUUAAUAAAAUUGAAUUGUGACAAUAUUUCUAAGAGCAAGAUGCUGCGUUUUCCCAUUUUCAAUACAACGUUCAUUAUAUCGUUUAGAAAUAGUGAAAAUGUCAACAUUUUUAAAUGACCUUUAACUUUUCAAAAUUUAAAUUUUUUUUAAAAAAAUGCAGCACCUUACCCCCAAAAAUAUUGCUACAAUUCAAUUUUAUAAUAAGUAUACUUCAGAAUCAAAAUUAAGCGAGUUGAUGUCAUACGUGUGUAAGACAAAGACAUCAUAUAAUGUGAGUAUGAUGUUCUAUUAACAAAAAUUGAAAUGUAUUCUAAUUUUUCACAACUAUAAAUUUCAACAUCCACUAAGAAUUCAUGAUUUACUUUUGUUGACUUUCAAUUAAAUUUAAUAUAUAAAUGUUAAUACUUAACAUUUUAAUGCAAGGAUAACACAAUUGGUUUUUUUUUAAUCUUUUAUGAGCACUUCCAAUUUUUAAUGUAAACUCUAUAUUCAUCUAUACACCACUUUGAAUUAUGUUAUCAUACUUCAUGAUUAAUCAUUGCUUUCAUUUUUGGAAAAAUAACAACACACACGACUUGUGUUUUAGUGAGUAAGUGAAACAAGCCCUCAUACAUCCAAUCUGCUUUUAAUAUAACUAUAUUUUUGGUAAAUUUAGAAUAGCUCAUUCGUCUGAGUAUUUAUACUUGUAUUAUUAUUAAAAUUAGAUCAAAUUUUAAAACUAAUAAUUUACAAGGUCUUAAAUAAGAUAGAUUUUAGUAAAUAUCUAGUCAUUUUUCUAACAAAACUUUAUUUUAUUAAGCAAUGUUUUCUAGUUGAAAUUUUAUACAUAUUUAUUUUUAAUUAUAAAUAUUAUUAUUAAACAUUCUUAUUUUUUAUUUAUAUGUAGUAAAGUUGAUUGAUUAUUUUUAUUUUAUUCGAAAAUAUUGAAUAAAUUAAAUCUUAAAUGUGUAUUAUUAAGUACACUAAAUCUAUUUUCAACAUUAUACUAUCAUUUAUAUAUGCAGUUGACAUUAAUUUACUAAAUUCUAAGUUACUAUUUCUUAUUUAUUUUUUAAUUUUUUUAAUACAGUUUAAAUCGGGGAUCUUUAAUCUUUUUAGAAAGACACCCUUGAUCUAGACUAUAACACACUGAUUAAACUGACCACUAUAUUAUAUACAUUUUAAACAGUAUUUUGAAUUUUUUAUUCUUCAUAUUUGUCAUUACUUGUUCCUAGAGAUCUGAUAACAUAUAAAAUAAUAAUUAUUAUUUAUUUGUAUGGCUAUAAAAUAAUAUCCUUAUGUAACAAAUGGAAUGUAUGUAGAUACAUUAUGUUCUGAAACAGAAUACAUUAUAAAUUAAUUACCUACCAAAACAAAUUGUCAACAUUUUAUUUGUGGUGCCAACAAGUGAAUUGUUUUGAAAACUAAUGAAUGUAGAAUGUCUACAGAAUAUUAUCACUAUCAUUAGAGAACAUAAGAAAACAAAUUAUUGUAUUAUAAAAACAAAUGUAACAAAUCAAAAGCAUUCUGGACAAAUAGUUUUAUUAUUUUUUCAAUUCUUGUUUAUUAAGUUCAUAAACAUAAUAAACUCAAUAUCAUUGUAACGUGUAAUAUCAUUGUGAUUUUUGAUUGAUAUAGUAACAAUAACAGAUCAAUGAAUAAGCUUAUAUUAGUUAUACUACUUACACCAAAAUUAUAUAGUAGCUUAAGAAACUGAUCAAAGUAUAUAAUAUAAGUUUAAUAAACUAUUUAUUAGCUUAAGAAACUGAUCAGCGUAUAUAAGUAAUAAAUUAUAUAGAAGCUUAAGAAACAGAUCGAAGUAUUUAAUACAUAAGGUAUAAAUUAUAUGUUUUAUUUUACGUUUAUAUUUAUAAAAUAUUAUUUAGUUAAAACUAAAACUAAAAAAUGUCAAUUGUUGAGGAUAAAUGAUUUAUUAACAUUAAAUAAUAUUUACUUCUUUGAGAUAACCUCAAUAUUUACCCGAUGAAAAUAUGAUAGCAUUGAAGAAUUUUAGUUCCUAUUUAUUUUAUUUUUUAUUUUUUUAAUAAAAUGACUAUUUAUUAUAAUAAUAUAUAGUACUAAAAUAUAAUUGAAUAUAUAUUAUAUUUGUUUAAGAAGCUGAUAAAUACUACAAUUUAUUGUAUAAAAACUGUAAAUCAAAAUAUUUAUGUAUAUUUAUAGACAUAAUAGACCUAGAAGAAAGAAUGAGAUAAUUAUCUUAAUUAAUUACCUAUUAUUUAUUUAUACGACUAUUGUAUAAUAAAUAAUCAAGAUUGAGUAAAAUUUGUUCAUAUUAUGUCAUAGUAUAAAAUGUAUUAAAUUUAAAAAAGUUAUAGUAAAAAGAUUAUUAGUCAGACAACAUAAAUUAUUUUAAAUUAUAUUUAUAAAACGUUGCAUAGCAUAGAUUAAAAAAUGUAUGUAUUAGAUAUAAAAUACUAAAAUACUAUAUAUUCACCAUUAAAUGCUUUACCAUAAAAAUUAACAUGAUUUAUUAAUGGUGAUAUUGUAUAUGUACGUAUUCCUUUAAUGCAUUUGGGUUAUAGUAUAACAUAUAAGAAAAUGUGUACUUUUCUAAAACUAAUUAAAUUUUUUUAUUUAUUUUAUUAUUUUUGCUAAAAUGCUUUUAGUAUUAAUUUCAGCAUUAUUGAACAAUAAACGUUUGUUAAAACAACAUACAUUUAGAAACAUUGCUAUGCAUCAUCUUGUGGUCCUAAUCAAUUAUUCAAAAUGGCAUAUCUUAUAUUUUAAUAUAUUGUCACACAUUUGUAUUGUUUGUUAUUGAUCAUAUCAUUAAAAUAAGACAAAUGAAUACAUUUUACUUAAUUAUAAAUUAAUUCCUCACCCAUGUCAUCUCUUCAUUAAAUUAUAAAAUUUAAAUAUGUAUUAAUGAUGUGAUCUAUAUUGCUAAUAGAAAAAUUUUAAUUUUUAAUAAUUUUUUUUAUGUGUCCUAAAUGUCCAAAUGUAGAAUUAUUGAAUUUUACUUUUUUCAUUAUUAUUGUAAAAAGUUAUGUACAAUAUACAUUUUAAGUCGAUGUACACCAUUAGCUAUUACGUAAAUUAUACUAUAUUAUGUAUUAAAUUUAUGAUUAUAUUAAAUAGCAAAAAAUGUAUUUAAUUUUAUUGAUUUGACCGGCCUUUACAUAAUUUAUGUAGCAGUAUUAAGACAACUUAAUAUUUCAAAUGCAAUUUUUUAAAAUGUAGCUAAAUAUACAAAAAAAUAUCAAAAACAUGUAUAUUUAUUCUUUGUUAAAAUAAAUUGUAUAGUAUUAUGUUUGUAACUUGUUUUUUUUUUUUUAAAAAAAGUGUUAUAGGUAUGCAGUAUUUAUUUGAAUUAGAAUAUUUAGUAGAAGCUAUUUGUUUAUACAAACUCAAAAAGAGAACUCUUCAACGUUUUUGUUUUUUUGACAUAGUAACAUAUUAUCCUGAUAUUUUGUAGUUGAUCAAUUUACAAAAUAAAGAAGUUAUGUUAUAAAAAUA